GCCAUUGCUUGAGAUAUUUAAUAAAGUUGUUCACAGAUAAAGGCAGUAAAAUAUAUUUAUGAGUUACGUACAUUUUUAACUCUAAGCUGUUGAUAUGUGCCUUCAGAAUUGUAUUUAAAUCAAUUGAAUGAGUCUGUUUAUCGUAUUAUCUUAUCAUUAGAGUAUUCGAGCAUUGGACUUAAGAUGGCAAAUUGUCAAAGAUGAGUAAAUUUAAACGACGGAUCUGACUAAGCAUGAAAAUACAGAUAAUCAUAUCAAAAUCUGAGUUAUUGAAUAUUGCGACUCAAGUUAUUGCUCUUCCUUGAUAAAUAAAUAAUUAAGAAGGUUUUAAAUGGAGUAGCUCAAUAGUAUACAAGAUACUCUGCAGUCUGUCAGCAGGCCUUUAGAAGCACUGGAGUUAUAGCUAACCUGAUAAAGACAUGCUGCAAUAAUCAAGUUAUACGUUCUGAACUUCUGAACAAAGCUCUGGGAUUUCUUACAUUAAUUGUGUUAAUCAAUUAACGCUUGUACAAUGGAAAGUGACAAAAGUGAAUCCGAUUCCGAGUUUUCUGGUCAAGGUCAUGAUGACAGAAACAAGGAUGGCACAGAUGAUGAUAUACAGGAAGAGAUAGAGUAUGAGGACUCAGAGAGUGUGUCUGUGUCGGAGAAACAAGACAUAGAAGGCAAAGAUAUUGGAGAUGAAAACAGUGGAGGUGAUUUCCAAGAUACUGCUGAUACUACAGUGAAAGGUGAAGGUCAGAUAGAAGAAACGGAGGAUAAAAUACAACAGGAAGACCAAGAUGAAAGUCUAGCUGAUACAAAGGAAGAUGUUACUGAUGUUACACAGAAUACACAUGACACCACCAUACAGUCAACUGAUCCAGUUAUGAGUGAUGACGAUGAUAGUGAUAGACUAGAACAAAUUCAAACUGAUGUCCACCUGUUAAAGUCCAAUGUUGAUGAAGGCAUAAGUGACUUGUCUGAGAUAACGGUUCAAGCGCCAACACCUGACAGGGACAUGAUUGAAGAGGAAGAAGGGGAUUAUAGCUAUAAAGAUGAUUUUGAAGAGGAUAAGCAUGCUAGUGUUAGUGAUGAUAAUGAGUUUAACAUAUCGGUAGACAACUAUAUGGAAUUUCCCGUUGCUUCAAGAAGUUGGUCAGGAGAGGUUGCUGACCCUGUUGGAAAAACUCUAGAAACAGAUUCUGUUGUAAGUGACAUUUUUGAGCCUCGUGCUUCAACAAGAAUGGAUGAGACUCUACAGCCAGCAUACAGCCGCUAUGAUGAUCUCCAAUCCAAAUACACAAGACCAAGGCACUCACCCCAUCAGCCAGAAGACCUGACCCUGACCUACUUACCAGCCAGGGGAAUCAGGAGUUAUGCCCCUUUCCUUAUGUCAUCUCCCUUGAGUGAAUUUUAUCGAGAGGAUAAUAAGUUGGAAGACUCGGUUCUGCGAGACAAGGACACCGAGGACUACGAGAUACGAGGUGAGGGCGACAGAUACGAGAAAAUCCCGGCACGCAUUCGGGAGAUUAUCACCAAGAAUCUAGCAACCGAUGAACGAAAGCCGCUAGCGAUGUCAACGCCAACUCCACAACAACUGAAAGAGGAGAAUCGACUUUUGUCCAGCGAGUUGAAUCGAGUCGAGGACCUCCUCGCGGCCAGUCGAGCAGAACGAGACGAGCUGGGGAUCAAGUACAAUGCCCUCAGUGAGAAGGUUCUCUCCCUUGAUGGUUCUAUUGCGGCACAAAGUGAAAACUACAUGGAGAACAUAAGUCGAGUCUCGUCUUCCUCUCGCACAUAUCAGCUGCGUGCACGCUGGUCGUACAAUAAAGACGGAGAAAAUGAUGAAUCAAGGGAAUCUACUCUUGAGCAGUCGCUACGAGGAGACUCUGGUGCUGAAGGAGGAGACGGAGCAUCACGCCCCUUGCUGCAACAGAACAUCGACCUGCGACGCAAACUAGAGGAGGAACACUCGAGCUACAAGCGUAAACUGCAGGCGUACCAGGACGGACAGGCGCGUCAGGCCCAACUCGUGCAGAAACUGCAGGCCAAGCUUCUACAAUACAAGAGAAAAUGCACAGAAUUCGAGGAUAAUAUUCGAUAUAAAGAGUUAUUGAGUAAAGACACUGAAAGAAAGUUACAGAGCACAUCAGACAGGCUGGACGGUACCGAGGCACGUCUCAGGAUGGCAGAGUCGGAACAUAACAUGGACCUGGAGCAGGCUCUCAUCAAGCUUGAGGAGGAACAGCAGAGGUCUUCAAGUCUUGCCCACGUGAACUCCAUGCUCCGUGAGCAGCUGGACCAGGCAACAGCUGCCAACCAAUCACUGACGAGCGACAUCCACAAGCUGACAGGUGAUUGGCAGAAGGCUCGGGAAGAGCUGGACAUCAAGGAGAACGAGUGGCGCGAUGAAGAACAGAGCUUCAAUGAGUACUUCAGCGCGGAGCAUGGUCGUCUCUUAUCGCUGUGGAGGGCAGUCGUCGCAUUCCGUCGCAACUUCAGCGAGCUGAAGACGGCAACGGAGCGUGACCUUUCGCACACCCGCUCUGAUGUGACCAAGGCUGCCCGCAGCAUGCACACGGCUUGUCUCAACCUGAACGCUAACAUGCGCAACACUGAGACUCAGACACAGGUGUCUUCUGACCGUGAGCGCGGUGAGCGUGCGUCGUUGGAGAGCCAGCUGCGAGACUCCCGUCGGGAGGUCGCCGAGCUCCAGGCCCGCUACGACGCUCACAGUGCUGAGCUUAAUGCCAGGGUGAACGAGCUGACGAUGUCCAAUGAGAAGCUGAAGAUCCAGCUGGAGGAGAAGGACAAGACAAUUCAGAACCUGCGUCGCGCCGUUGAACACCUUGAAAUUAAGUCUGGAGAGAGGACAUUUGCAGAGAUGCAGGAGUCUGACAUGUCGCGUGCGAUCCGUGAUGAGACAGAGUCCUUGCAUAACGCCCUCCGCAGCAUCGCUGAGUCGGUUCUCAAUGACGCCGCAGAUGAUGAGCCUUCAAGAGAUCUUGGUGAGACAGCACUGUCCCGUGCCCGCUCAACCUCCCCACUUGCCCGGGGACGGUCACCUGACAUGAGAGCCCGCUCCAAGUCCCCAAUGGCUAGGUCAAGGUCACCUGCUUUCGCUGACGCCACCUUCUCUGCAGUGCAGGCUGCUCUCAACAAACGCCAGCUACAGCUUGCUGAGUUGCGUGCCAAGCUUGCUGCUCAGAAGGACCACAACGCCGCUCAGAAGAAGAUGAUGGAUGACCUGGACAAUGAAAAACGCCGACUUGAAUUGCAGAUCCUUAACCUUAAGGAAGACCUUGAUAUUUCUCGUCGUGAUAGGGAAGACACAUCGCGUGACCGUGACCGAGUAAAGAAUGCUCUUGGCCAGACAAGCUCAGAGAAAAAUACACUGGAAAAGGUCCGCCAGGAACUCAACGACCAGAUCGAACAGCUGAACUCUGAGAACACCAAGCUCCAGGCAGCGAACACAGAGCUGCAGCGCCAGCGAGAUAACCUGGAGGAUGAGAAGGAUGACAACGUUAAGGACAAAGAAAGACAGAUCAAGGAGAAUGAACGAUGCCAGCGAAUCAUUGAGCAGCAGGAGCACAAGAACUCCGGCCUGAAGGAAGAGCUGGUUGCCACAAAGGAGGCUCUCAACCGUGCACUGCUGGACAAGGAGGUGCUUGACCAACAGCGUCUUGAAGUCAGUGAGGCCCUGGACAAGGCUGAGAUGGUCAAGACUGAGCUGGAAGGUGAGCUGCAUAAAUCUCGCUCAGAGGAAGAGGCCCUAAAGGAUGCCCUGGCCAAGAUGCAGGCCCUGAAUGAGGGCCUUGGCUUUGACAAGAUUGAGCUCAACAAGAUUAUCAUGCAGAUGGAGGCUGAGAAGGCAGCUGUGUACGGGGAGAAACAUGCCCUGGAACAGGAGAGGACCGGGAUCAGGGAGGAGCUGGUCAGAGUUGAGCAGGAGAAGAUGGACCUUGACACAGAGAAAGCAGGUUUGAACCAGACCCUGGAGCUGAGUGAGAUGACCCGCCAGCAGCUGGAGGAAGAGAUCGGCAUGCUCAACAGGGAGAAGGCUGACGUCACUGAACAACUUAACUCUAUUUCUCGCCAGAAGCAGGCACUAGGAGAGGAGCUGGUUUCAAUGAGGAAGGACUGCGAGCGACUCACCAACCAGCUACAGCGUGUCUCAAAGGAGAAGGAGGGUCUUACCCAGGAUAAGGGAGAGCUGAUUGUGCAGGUGACAGCGACAGAGCGUGAAAACCGACAGCAGUCAGAGUCGAUCGCGGCCCUGCGUAUGGACAAGGAAGGCUUGGAGAGCAACCUGUACGAGGCCCAGGCCCAGACCGCCCAGCUCGAUGUCCGCAAACAGCAGCUCGAGGUUGAGAACCAAGACCUUCUUGUACGCAAGGAGAACCUCCAGGGUGAGAUAUCCCGUCUAGUGAAGGAAAAGGAUGCCGACCUGGACAAGUAUGAACAUUCCCGAGAGGAGCUGCAGAAACGCCUCGCCCAGCUUGAGCGUGACCUGUCACUUGCUCUCGCUCAGGAAAAGCAAGCUCAUGAGGAGGAUGUGGACAGACUCAUGAGGGAGAAGAAUCACCAGCGUGCUGAACUGGAGGCAGAUCGUGAGCAGAUCCUGCAUUGUAAUGCCCUAGAGAAGGAAGAUAUGCAGCAGGCUUACAACAAACUGAAGGAGGAGAUGGAGGAUGCGGUGUCCUCACUGAACAGGGACCGUGACAACUCCCUCCUUAUGGCUGAGAAUGACAGGCAGCAGAUUAUCUCGCUGCUGGAGCAAGAAAAGAGCACGCUAUCCGAGAAGAACUCUACACUGAACCUGGAGCUUGCCGCGGCAAAUGUGGAGUACGAGCGACUCAAGCGGGAGUCCCUUGCACGCCAGGAGCAGGACCGGUCAAACAUCAACUCCCUGCAGAGCGAGCUUAAGAACUUCCGCUCACAGUUUGAGCAAACUUGUGAGAACCAUGAGAAAGAAUGCAAGAACCUAUCGACCCAGAUCCGUGACCUUGAGCGCCAGAAAGAGGCUGGGCUGCGUGAGGUGGGCGAGCUGAAGGUAGAGCUGAAACUGGUGGAGGAGACCCGCGACAACAUCCGCCGAGACCUCAUCGAGGCCAACCGCAGGAUCAGAGAAGGUGAAGAGAUGAAAGAACAGAUGCGGAAGGAGAUGGUUGAGCUCAAGCGUAACCUUAAUGACGAGGUUCACGAGAAGGAGGCUGUGCAGAAGACUGCCGAAGAGCUCCGUGCCACUGUCAAGAAGAACGAGGGAGAGAAGAUCGAGCUGAAUCGAUCCCUCGUGGACACCAGGCAGAGGGCUAAUGUUUUGGAUGAGCAGAAGGGGUCUGUCACAAAGGAGGCAGCUGAUCUUCGUGCGAGUCUGCGGGAGGUUGAGAAGGCUCGUCUUGAUGCUAGACGGGAGCUACAAGACCUCAGACGCCAGGUGAAGCAGCUAGACAGUGAGAGAAGCAAGCUUGGUCGUGAAGUGAUCGACCUGCAGCAGCAUAUUGCACGGGAUGAGGAGAAGGAGGAUGAGUCCAGACGCUGCCAGUUUGACCUCAAACAGAAGGUUGUUGAGGGUGAGGCCAGUCGGGAGGCCCUGAGGAAGGAGAUCAACAAUCUGCAGCGCAAGAUGGCUGAGGCCGGGGAUGAGGCACGCCUUAAAGAGAAGGACUAUCACAUGGCAUUGGAGGACAGCCGUCGUGCUGAAAGACGCAUGGAGGACCAGAAACGUAACCUUGAGAUCCAACUUGAGACAAUUGGUGCAGAGGACGCGGAACUUAGGCUGAAACUGAGCGGCUCUGAGGGUCGUGUUAACGCUCUCGAGGCCCAGCUCGCUCGUCUGGAGGGAGCUAAGAGGGAUAUUGAGUUCAAGCUGAACAGCAUCGUGUCCAGUCUGAGACGAACGAUUGGAUUCCGCCAGGAGAUGCCACGGUCUCGUAGCCCCAUCAGGUCCCGCAGCCCAAGCCCCAAGAGGUCACGCCCAACAUCACCAUCUAAGGGCUUUGAGAACACAUUUGCCACCACAACUGAUGGUCGUGGCAGCCCAAUCCAGCGUACUGGCUCCCCAGACCGGUCCAUGAGCCCUGCCCGGGUCCUUCGUUCCCUCUCGCCCAUGAGAGAGCCCCAGAUGUCGGCCGUAGACGUUGACCCAGAGGCAGUCAGGAUGGCCCUCCGUGAUUUCGUAAACCAGCUUGCCGGGUCUGAGAGGGAAAGGGAUGACGCCAUUGCCCAGAUGCGUAACCUUGGCAUCCAGUACAAGGAGCUGGAAGUGGAAAGGGAGAGAACUGAGAACAGACUCCAGCAGGUCCAGAAGUCCAUGUGCGAGGUUGAGGAAGACAAACGUGGUAUUGAUGGCCGCCUCGCAAGUGCCCAGACAGCCCUCAUGCUGCAAGAGGAGACAAUCCGUCGUAGCGAGCGUGACCGCAAGGCCAUGGCUGACAAGAUUAGCUCCCUUGAGAGGAACGUUGCUGCCAAGGACUCUGAGGGCAGACAGACACAGGAGCGCAUUGCCAAGCUGCGUCAACAAGAGGCUCGUCUGGAGGAGGAGAAGAAGAACCUGCGUAACGCCCUCGAGGAUGCUGACAACCGCUGCACACGCCUUGAACUUGCACGUAGAUCUGCCGAGGGUGAGCUCCAGAGGAUGAAACUGGCUCUCAACGACAAAGAUACUGAGAACCAGGUGCUGCAGGACCGUGUAGAAUCACUGACCAGGCAGAUGCAAGACCUUGAGGGUAAGGCCCAGUCCCUCCAACUGACCAUUGACCGCCUCAGCUCUGCGCUGACCAGAACAGAGGAGGAGGAGAGCAACCAGAAAGAAAAGGUGAAUGUGCUGAGCUCCUCAAUUUCGGACAACCAGGCCACGAUUGCAGAGCUAGAGGAGCGCCUCACUCACCUACAGAGGGCUUUGACCAGCAGUGAACAUGACCGUCGUAUCAUGCAGGAGAGGCUUGACACGACCAGGCAAGCCCUGAAUGAUUCUAAGAAGCAGAAUCACAGUCUAAUGGAGCGCGUACAGGGCAUGCAGAAUGAAGUGAGCGAAUCCGAGGUCCGACGUGCCGAACUUGAGGGCCAGCUCAGGACUGGACAUGGGAUGUUGGUCCAGCGCCAGGAGACUGAACAGGAGAUGAGCCACCGUAUUGAGAAGUUGACGUCCGAGCGCCAAAGCCUUCAGGAGCGUGUGAACACCCUCCAGCGUGCCCUUGCCACCAUAGAGACAGAGAAACGCGAGCAUGAACGUGAACAGAUCCGCCUCGAGAAGGACAAAUCCGCCCUGCAGAAGACACUUGAUAAGGUCGAGCGUGAAAAGAUACGCUCUGAGGAGAUCGCAAGCAAGUCUGUGAUGGAGCGUACAUCGCUGGACCGCUCCCUUUGUAAGGUGGAGGAAGACAACCAGGACCUCGCCGUCAAGGUGCAGAACCUCCAGGCACAGCUUGCCGAGGCUGAGCAGCAGCACGCACAGAGUUUUUGGUGGAAAAGUUAUCAAGAGCUUCAGGCAUUAGUCCAACAACUUCUGGGACUGAUUGACCUGACAACGCGUCACCGUGCGGAGACGGAGAUGGAGACUGAUCGCCUCCGUCAGGCUCAGAUGCAGGCUGAGCGUCUGCUUGAGUCUCGUGAACGUGCUAACCGACAGAAAACCAAGGGGCUGGAAGAAACAAUUGCGACCUUGAAGGACCAACUUUCGAUUGAGAUGAGGAAGCGUCAGCAGUACAUCCAGCGAAGCGCCAGGACAGGAGAGGAGAUCGAGGGUCUCCGAUCCAUGCUUGACUCGUCGCUCCAGAAUGUCGGACGAGACCCCAGCCUUGACCAGCACCUCCUGGAGAUUGAGACGAGGAAACUGGACGACACACUUGAAGUGUCAAGUUACGGAAGCCGACUGCCGCCACGUCGCCGAUCACCGCUCCGUACCCCACCCACCCGGCUAUCUCAGCAGCACUUUCGGCGUACACUUAGCCCCGCCUCUAUGAGGAAGAUGAAGAAAUAGACACAAAUAUUUCAUGAAGAACUUUUUCUUCACUUAUAAAACAAAGUGAACAUUAUGAACAUGUUUAAUUUAUUAUUAAGACCUUAUAAGGCAUAUAUGCUUACGAAUUUGAGUGCGUUUAUUUCGGGAGUAUUCUAAUAGUAUGUUAAAUUCAAGGUACGUUAAAAAAUGCAGUGGUUUUUUUUCGAUUUUGGGAGAAGUCCUCUGCUUGAAUUUAAAUCAAUGUUUCAAACAUUUUAGUCUGAGGUUAUAAGUAGAAAACAGACAUUUUAAUCACAUUUUAAAAAGUUAGCACUUGUGGUUCCUAAGUCACUUAUUUCAAAAAUCAAAACUGGCAAAAGUAUUAUUUAACACAGAGAACAAUGUUAGAUCAUGUAUAUCCCAAAGUACAUUAUAUAAUUUAAAUGAUAGAUAAAUGCACAAUUAUCUCAUAUAUACAUCUUGCAGCAAUAAAGCAUUCCUGCCACUAAUAUCAAUAUAACCUGUCUAUUUAUAGCAUCACAUGUAUAUAGUAUACAUGUAUGUAGAUUACUGUACUCUAGAGUAAAAAAAAAGGAAAUAAAAAUAUGUAAAAAAAUGCUAGAAUCUACCACUAGUUAUGUAUCUUCUGGAUAUAUUGAUUGCUGACGAACUUGUUAUGUUAUUUUUGUUUAUUUUUAUGGCAAUAAAUAUUUGUGCACAACAUGUUUAAAAACUUUUCAAUGGACAUUUUAUUUUGAAUCUUUUUAUUAUUCCAGAAAAAUAACAUUUUAAAAAUAAUGAUACAAUUACAUCGAUAUAUCGAUAUAAUGUGUGAUUUGCCCGUCUAAAAGACCGCUCAGGUAUUUUAUCUCUAUUUUAAAUGAAGUUUUAGUUAUUUAAUAAAAUGAUUUUUUAUCAGAUCUUUUAAUUCUGAUGUUCCAUUGAAAGUUACACCAGACUGUGAUGAAGAGUUUUUUUAGUCACAAGCUUUUGUUAUUAUAUUUUGACUUUGAUGCAAUUUAGAAUAGUUUUAGUUUUACAAAGCAUACUUGUGAUAAUGAUUUUUGUUUUGCACAGCACUGUAGAAGAUGUUUGUUGGAUUCAUUGAACACCUUUUGCAUUUUAUUUGAAAUGGUUAUUGAAUUACAAAUGUACAUGUACGUUAUAUAUAGCAUUGUGUUUGUUUUAGAGAGGACAGUUUUAAAUCUUUAAAGAAUAUUAGCAAGCUUUAAGUUGAUUUCUUAUAAUAACAAUAACUGUGAUAGCUUUUUAUUCGGAGUGUGUCGAAAUUGGUAGUACUUGUUACAUGAAAUUUUAUUAUAUAAUCAUAAUGUUACCAUUUUUGAAAUUUAAUGGAUUUGGGCUAUAAAUAAUUUCAUGUGCAUAGGCUAUUAUUUAAUUUUUAUGACAACAGGUUCAACAGAACACAUUUUUUUUAUUCAAUUUUGUCUUCAGAAAAUGUUUAUGAAACAAAGUAAUUAUAUUAUUUAUUUGGCGGACAAUAAGUGCUCAAAAUGAUAUUGAAAAGUGCCCUUGAGCAAUAAAUUAUGUUGAAAAGUGCCCUAAAGCGGAAUGAAUUAUGCAAAUACAUGUAGUGUGAAAGCUUAAAUCUGUUGCCAAGCAACCAGUAUUUUUACUAGGCAGCAAGCAUCUGGUGAACCUGAUCAUGAAAAUCCAUUCAUCUGAGUGAUUGAGAUCAUUGUACUCAAUUUAUAUUCCGUCCAAAGCACUUUGGCUGCCAUGUAUAUUAAAAAGUGCGCAGGUUGAUAUUUUCCCAAGCUUGCAUGUUUAUAAUGCUAGAACUACGGUAAAUGCAAAAAAAUGUGAUAGAAGCUUGAAACGGACCCUGUCCAUAUUGACAUUUGUUGAUUCUGUGUUUGUGUAAGUUUUUGGGACUUAGGUGUAUAUUAAUAUUACAUUUUUUAUGUAAAAAAAGGCAAAAAUAUAUAUAUUUAUUUUUAUACUUUGACUGGUUUACAUAAUUCCAUUCAUUUACAUGAAGUUGUAAGCAUCUAAAGGGAUGUAUAAUUAUGUAAUUCUGUUUAAUUUUGCCUUAAAUGUCUUGUUGCAAGACACAUACAUUUAAGGCAAUGUUUUUUCAUGCAUCAAUGUUGUAUUUGAUUUUUUUUUCAAUGUAUAUGGACAUUUUGUGUGUUUUAGAAAUAGACUUAGUCAUGUUGGAAUUUAAAAAAAGAAAUAUUAAUGAUACUUAAAUUUGUGAACAGAAUUUUACCGUUUAAAGAUACUUUUAAAAAAAAUGAAACCAAUGUACAUUUUUGUGUGUAAUACUUUUACAACUGCAUGGCCUAGUGUUUUGUUUAGGAAGUGUAUACAGUAUUUAUUUAUGUAGAGGUGUUAUAGUUUUAUUUGUUUUCAAAUAAGAUUAUUGAACAUUGGUGAGAUUUUCUUGUAGUAGGUAUAAGGCAUGCUUAUUUGUUUGAAAGACAGUUUGGGAAGAUGAAGAAAAUUGAAUACUGAACUACCAAGAAAAUCCUGUCAUGUUUGAAAUUCCUCUGGAAAAAAGUAUAAUUGUACCCAAAAUGUUGUUUUUUUCUGCACUGUUGCAGUGUUUAUUUCAUUUUCACAAUUUUAAGUAGGUAUUUAGAAAAUUGAGUUGAUGUCUGUCAAACCUGAAUUUCCAUUUUUCUUGGUUCUGACUAUUUCCAUCUCGUACACCAGAGUAAUUAUUCCUUGCAUAUCAUAGAUUUAUCAUUAAAAAACCUCUGAAGAAUGAGAAUGAUUAUUCCAUGCUCAAGUUUUAAUUAUUUGAAUGUCUCGAAUGAGCAUACACCAAUUAUAUUGUGUGUUAAUGGUUGCAACAAGUUAUAUGAGCAAUAAAACAGCUGUAUCUAGAUCUACCUUCAAAAACUUCACAGUCAUAGAUUCCGUCCGCUAUGUUUUACAUUACAUUGUUAGAUUCUGUUAAUGUUUUUUGUUUCUUUAUAUUUUCUUUUCUUUCCUUUGUCUUUAUAUGAGUUAAUCUAUAUAUCUAUCACAACAAACUAAGAAUAAAGUGUGUUUAUGAA